CAGGCGCUUGUGUAGAACACUGCAGGAGCUGGCGCUGUGAAGAAACAACCACAACAACAACCACAACCACCACAACAACAACCACAACAACCACCACAACAACAACCACAACAACAACCACAACAACCACCACAACAACAACCACAACAACAACAACCACCACAACAACAACCACAACCACCACAACAACAACAACAACCACAACAACAACAACAACCGCAACAACAAGCACAACAACAACCACAACAACCACAACCGCAACAACAACCACCACAACAACAACCACAACAACAACAACAACCACCGCAACAACAACCACAACAACCACAACAACCAGGCUUGGGCGAGUGAAUUAAACGUCGCGAGUUCGGCUAUUUGGGUUCCAAAUGUGAACUGGGCCAGAGCUGGACUUGGUGGUAGUCCGAGGGAGUUCGUGGUGAGGAGAAGGGGCAGCGUCAUGAUCCCCCCAUGGAUGAGCAUUCUGGUGCGGGGCGUAAUACUCCUCGUGGUGGGUUAUGCACUGCAGGAGCUGUCAGCCACCACAGAGUGUGGACAUGGAUUCUACAAAUCACCACAAGGAAAAUGCUGCGAGCUGUGCCGUGCAGGGAUGUACAAAGCGAUGGACUGCAUAGCUGAUGGAAUGAGCGCCUUGUGUGAGCAGUGCCCUAGAGGCAGAUUCAUGGACAGAGACAGCCAGGAGGAGGAGUGCACGCAAUGCAGCAUCUGUGGACCAGGCGAGGAGGUGGCUGUGAACUGCUCCGUGGCCCAGGACACGGUGUGUCGGUGCAUGGAGGGCCUCCAAAGAGACGGCAACUCGGGAAUUUGCCUGCCAGAGGAGUCACACCCAGGUAGUAGUAGGAUUACAAAGACGCUCAAGUGA